AUGGCACUUCCCAGCAAAUUCUUCCUUUGGUUUUGCUGCUUUGCUUGGCUCUAUUUUCCUAUUAGCCUUGGUUCUCAGGCUUCUAGCGGAGAAGCUCAGAUUGCCGCUAGUGCUGCAUUGGAAUCUGAGGCUCAGCCUUGGUCUUUGCUACAGCCUCUAGAUGAGAGGCACAGAUCUGGCCUCCUUUCCCCUCUCUUAAAAGUUCUCUAUGAUGGGCCAGAUGGGGCCCCUAGGCUGCAGCCAGAAGCCAGAGCUUUGCGCUACAUGAAGAGGCUCUAUAAGGCAUAUGCUACCAAGGAGGGGAUCCCCAAAUCCAACAGAAGUCCCCUCUACAACACUAUUCGGCUCUUCACCCCCUGUGCCCAGCACAAGCAGGCUCCUGGGGACCAGGCAACAGGAACCCUUCCAUCAGUGGACCUGCUGUUUAACCUGGAUCGUGUUACUGCUGUUGAACAUUUACUCAAGUCAGUCUUGCUAUACACUUUCAGCAAUUCCGUUGCUUUUCCUUCUGCUAAAUGUGUGUGUAACCUGGUGAUUAAAGAGCCAGAGCUUUCUAGCAAGACUCUCCCUAAAGCUCCAAACUCAUUUACCGUUAACUCACAGUUUGAAUUUAGAAAGAAAUACAAAUGGAUUGAGAUUGAUGUGACCGCUCUCCUUCAGCCUCUAGUGGCCUCCAACAGGAGGAGUAUUCACAUGUCUGUAAAUUUUACAUGUCUGACAGCCCAGCCGCAGCGUCCUUCAGCACAGAAAAGUCCACUUCAUACGACUCUCCUGGUGCCCCCCUCUCUGCUUUUAUAUCUGAAUGACACAAGUGCUGAGGCUUAUCACAGGCGGUAUUCCCACCACCAUAAAAGGAGGCCUUCACAGGUUCCUGACCAGAAGGGAGGGCUGUCCGCUUAUCCCACGGGAGAAGAGGCUGCUGAGCCUGUAAGAGCUUCCCGUCACCGGAGAGAUCAGGAAACGGUCAGCUCUGAAUUGAAGAAGCCUCUGGUUCCAGCUUCAUUCAAUCUGAGUGAAUACUUCAAACAGUUUCUUUUUCCCCAGAAUGAGUGUGAGCUCCAUGACUUUAGACUUAGCUUUAGUCAGCUGAAGUGGGACAUCUGGAUUGUGGCCCCACGCAAAUACAACCCUCGAUACUGUAAAGGGGACUGUCCGAGGGCAGCGGGACAUCGGUAUGGCUCCCCUGUUCACACCAUGGUGCAGAACGUCAUCCAUGAAAAGCUCGACCCCUCAGUGCCGCGCUCGUCCUGUGUGCCUGCCAAGUACAGCCCUUUGAGUGUUUUGACCAUUGAGACUGAUGGCUCAAUUGCUUAUAAAGAAUAUGAAGAUAUGAUAGCCACUCAGUGCACCUGUCGUUAACAUUGGGCCCUCUGAACUAAAAUCUUGAGCCUCUCAGGCAAAAUAAAUGCUGUGUGCCUAUCUGUGCCUUCAGGAAAAAGCUUCGUGUGUCAGAUCUCUAUAAGGCAGUGUGCGUCGUGUAAAGGGGGGCCUGUGCAGAUUAGCACAUUCGGUGGUAUCUGUCAGUGUAAAGGGCUAACAUCUGCCUUUUUAUUUCCAAGUGUAAAUGAGUUGCCAUUAUUUUGGAGAGCUUUAAAUUUUUUUCCCUGAGUUAUUUUUUUCUUUUCGGAGGAGUCUUGUUUUUGAUGUAAAAACUUAAUUAGCAUAAAUUGUGGUUGGGAUUGCAGCACUGAAUAGACAAUUCAGAGUGCUAUAGUCUUGUUUAAUGGAAGAAUAAAUUUCUGUCAGAGGCAAAAA